AUGCCGCCGCGCCGCGCCCUGCAGCGCUCGUCCACCGGCUACCACGGCGUGCGGCUCCGCUUCUCCGGCCGGUGGGGCGCCGAGAUCACGCGCGGCGGCGAGUGGUUUUGGCUCGGGACGUUCGACUCGGCCGAACUCGCCACCCACGUGUACGACGUCAUGAUGUGGCGCUACGAUGGUGGCGCCGGGCCGCGGAACUUCUUCGACGUCGACAACCUCGCGGCGGCCGAGUUCGUGGCGCCACCGUUCAGCGUCGUUACCCGCGCCGAGGAGCGCGCUAUCAGUCGGGAAUACAUGCGGAUGUCCAUUCGGAACCGCGAUGAGGCGGAAGUGGCCGCCUUCCGUGCGGCGCAUCCGCAGCAUGUCGUAGAGGAGCUCGAGUUCUACGCGCAACUGGCGGUGAAGCGAGCUGCGGCGGCCGCCUCUCGACCGUCUUCAUCCUCGGCGCCGCCUCCCACUAUCGUAGUUGACGAUAGCUCUGACGACGACGGUCCUGAUUGGAUCGAUAAGCUGAUCGUGGAGAUGGAGGCGAAGGAAGCCGCGGAGGAAGCCGCCAAGAAGGCCGCGGAGGAUCCCGAUUGGUACGACAAGAUGGUCGCAGAGAUGGAGGCCGAGGAUGCCGCGGAGGUAGCCACUAAGAAGGCCGCGGAGGAUGGCGACAUCUCCGAUUUCGAUGAGGACUUCUGGGAUAAACCCUAG